AUGUUUAAUUUAUUAUUAAAAUCUACAACAAGUUUUACUGGUAGAGUUGUCAGAUACAGUGGUAGAAAUAGUCAUGUCUCUCAAACAUUGAAUAGUUGUAAUAUUGCAAUGCUCGGUCAAAGAUCAUAUGCAAGUUUUGUAGAUGAAUUCUUAAAAAAUUUAAAAGAAAAAGAAUUAAACAAUAUCAAUAAUAAUAAUAAUAAUAAAAAAGAAAGUAACAAUAUACUUAAUAAUAAAGAAAUUAACAUUAAUAACAAUAAUCAAAAAGAUAUACUAAAUAAUAAUGUAGAAAGAGAUUUAGAUUUUUUAAAUAGUUUAAAUUUUGGUAAUAAUAACAAUAGCAAUAACAAUAACAAUAAUAAUAUUGAUAAUAAUGAUAGUAGUAAUAGCAGUAAUGAUAAUAAAGAUAGUAGUAGUAGUUUUAAUAUUAGAAAAGUAACACAAACGACAAAAGAAGCAAUGUUGGCAAGACACAAUGAAUUAAAGAAGAAAUUUGAAUUUGAAGAAAUAGACGACGAUGAAGAUGAUGAUUUUAUAGAUAAACAUGAACACACUAGUGGUGAAGCAAAUAACAAAAGCAGAAAAGUUAAUUUAAAUAACAACAACAAUAACACCACCACCACAAACAACACAAACAACACAAAAAAAUCGAGAAAACACAGACAACACGUCAACCCACUCAGCUAUCGUUUGCAGAUGACACUGGAUCCACCGAAAUGGGAAGAGAUAUUCGCCGAUUUGACGUUGCCGAUUCACAUCGAUCUCGGUUGUGGCAAGGGCGACAUGCUUGUGAAAUCGGCGAUACUGAAGCCCGACUACAACUAUCUCGGUAUCGAUAUUCGUGAUCAUUGCAUAGAGAUGGCCAACAGCUCAAAGAGUCUACUCGAGUUUGAGUUGAACACACAGAUCAAGAACCUUCACUUUGUAGAGACCAACGUCAGUGUCAAUCUCUUCAACGUCGCCAAAUCGCUACCGACCAACUCCAUCCAGAAACUCAGUCUGCUCUUCCCCGAUCCAUGGCACAAACGCAAGCAUAUCAAACGUCGUAUCGUAAAUGCCAACUUUGUACGUGAAGUUGCAAUGAUAUUACCUCCCGGUGCCAAAGUAUAUUUAAUGUCAGAUGUUUAUGAAUUAUAUGAUGAGAUGUUGAAUCAUUUCAUUUCUAAUAGUUCAUUUGAAUCGAUUGAUUUCUCAAAGAAUGAAUGGGAUAUUGAGGUUACCGCUCGUCAGAACUAUUACAUUGAAAAAGAUAUUCCAUAUUGGAGAGCUGUUCUAGUUAGAACUGAAAAAAAUGAAUCAACUGUAAAAACCAUUCUUUAG